CCCUCCUCCCUUUGUUGCUGACAUUUUCCAUUUCCAAUUGCUUUGGUUUGUCCUUCCCCUUUUGUUUAUAUAGCUGCUUCAGUGGAUGUGUAUUUCUCAUCACCUUAUCUCCUCCGUUGACAUUUCUCCCUCCCUCAAUUUUCUGAAAAAAUGGGUACCCUUGAAUCUGAGAGAACAACAACAGGAUGGGCGGCCAGAGACCCAUCUGGGAUUCUCUCUCCUUAUACCUACACUCUCAGAAACACGGGUCCAGAAGAUGUUUAUGUCAAGAUUAUCUGUUGUGGGAUUUGCCAUACCGAUCUCCAUCAAGCAAAAAAUGAUUUGGGCAUGUCAAAUUAUCCAAUGGUUCCAGGGCAUGAAGUGGUGGGUGAGGUGAUAGAGGUCGGAUCUAACGUGACCAAGUUCAAAGCAGGAGACAUAGUUGGCGUUGGUUGCAUUGUGGGGUGUUGCAGAAACUGCCGCCCCUGCAACACAGACAAUGAACAGUACUGCAACAAGAAGAUCUGGUCUUAUAACGAUGUCUACACCGACGGCAAGCCCACUCAAGGAGGCUUCGCCAGCGCUUUGGUCGCCGAUCAAAAGUUUGUGGUGAAAAUCCCAGAUGGUAUGGCAAUGGAACAGGCGGCUCCGCUGCUAUGCGCCGGAGUAACGGUGUACAGUCCCCUGCAUCACUUCGGACUGAAACAGAGUGGUCUCAGAGGAGGCAUUCUGGGGCUGGGAGGAGUCGGGCACAUGGGGGUGAAGAUAGCCAAAGCAUUUGGGCACCACGUGACUGUCAUAAGCUCCUCUGAUAAGAAGAGAGUGGAGGCGUUGGAGCAUCUCGGCGCCGACGAGUAUCUGGUCAGCUCCGAUGCCGAAGGUAUGCAACGUGCUGCCGACUCCCUCGAUUACAUCAUCGACACCGUGCCGGUUUUCCACCCUCUUGAGCCUUACCUUUCCAUAUUAAAGGUGGACGGAAAGCUGAUUUUGACCGGCGUUAUAAAUACUCCUCUGCAAUUCGUUAGUCCGAUGGUGAUGCUAGGGAGGAAGUCGAUCACCGGGAGCUUCAUCGGAAGCAUGAAGGAGACAGAGGAGAUGCUUGAGUUCUGCAAGGAGAAGGAACUGACCUCCAUGAUUGAGGUGGUGAAGCUGGAUUAUAUCAACGAAGCCUUCGAGCGACUUGAGAAGAACGACGUGAGAUACCGGUUCGUCGUGGAUAUCGCCGGAAGCAAGAUUGAUCAGUAGGGUCUUUUUCCUAUCAUAAAAUUCAACAUACUUAAAGACGAAUGGGUCCAUGAUUUGAAUUUUUUGUUUUUUUUCUUUUGCUGUGUUUGUUGAAACCUACCCUCUUGUUGGUGGCGGAGCUGGAAAUUUAUGUUGAAGUUUAUAAAUGAUAAUUUUGUAUAAUAAAUUAAGAAAAUACUCUAUGUAUCUUUGAGUCUAAGGCAAUAGAGAUGAAGAUGAGGUGUUUGAUUUUAUUUCUAAGUUAUAGCAUAAUGAUUAAUUCACACUGCUGUGAUUGCUGGCGUGAGAGUGAAACGU